UCGCUGAUUGGCCGGCGCGGCUGGGCGGAGCCGGGGCGGCCCGCGAGUCGCUGGGGGAAGCCGGGCAGAGCCCGAGCGAGCGGCGCGCGGAGCCGGUGCCCGGGGACCCGCACGGCCCAGCCCAGCCUGGAGGAGGGGAGCGUGUGACGGGGUCUCGUUCCCUCCGUGGGACCAUGGUCUCCAUGAUGCUCGCCCAGCGGCUGGCCUGCAGUUUCCAGCACAACUACCGCCUGCUCGGGCCAGGAUGCAGAAGCAUCAGUCAGGCGGCAGCCAAAGUGGACGUGGAGUUGGACUAUGAUGGGCCGCUGAUGAAGACAGAGGUCCCCGGACCCAGAUCUCAGGAGUUGAUGAAGCAGCUGAAUAUCAUUCAGAAUGCAGAGGCCGUGCACUUCUUCUGCAACUAUGAGGAGAGCCGAGGCAACUACCUCGUCGAUGUGGACGGGAACCGGAUGCUGGACCUGUACUCCCAGAUCUCCUCCGUUCCCAUAGGAUACAGCCAUCCUGCUCUCAUGAAGCUGGUCCAACAGCCUCAGAAUGUGAGCACCUUUGUCAACAGGCCGGCCCUGGGCAUCCUGCCUCCAGAGAACUUCGUGGACAAGCUCCGUGAGUCUUUGCUCUCGGUGGCCCCCAAAGGAAUGUCCCAGCUGGUCACCAUGGCCUGCGGCUCUUGCUCCAACGAAAAUGCCUUCAAGACCAUCUUCAUGUGGUACCGGAACAAGGAGCGAGGGAAGACGGGCUUCUCCAAAGAAGAGCUGGAGACGUGUAUGAUUAACCAGGCUCCCGGGUGUCCGGAUUACAGCAUGCUCUCCUUCAUGGGCGCCUUCCACGGAAGGACCAUGGGUUGCUUAGCGACCACACACUCCAAAGCCAUCCACAAGAUCGACAUCCCGUCCUUCGACUGGCCCAUUGCACCCUUCCCGCGGCUACGGUACCCGCUGGAGGAGUUCGUGAAGGAGAACCAGCAGGAAGAGGCCCGCUGUCUGGAAGAGGUCGAGGAUCUGAUCGUGAAGUACCGGAAAAAGAAGAAGACGGUGGCAGGAAUUGUGGUGGAGCCCAUCCAGUCUGAGGGCGGCGACAACCAUGCGUCCGAUGACUUCUUCCGCAAGCUGCGGGACAUAUCUAGGAAGCACGGCUGUGCCUUCUUGGUGGAUGAGGUCCAGACGGGAGGGGGCUGCACCGGCAAGUUCUGGGCCCACGAGCACUGGGGCCUGGACGACCCUGCCGACGUGAUGACCUUCAGCAAGAAGAUGAUGACGGGGGGCUUCUUCCACAAGGAGGAGCUCAGACCCAACGCUCCUUACCGGAUCUUCAACACGUGGCUGGGGGACCCAUCCAAGAACCUGCUGCUGGCUGAGGUCAUCAACGUGAUCAAGCGUGAGGACCUGCUCAGCAACGCGGCCCACGCCGGGAAGGUCCUGCUCACGGGGCUGCUGGACCUGCAGGCUCGGUACCCCCAGUUCAUCAGCAGAGUACGGGGACGGGGCACCUUCUGCUCCUUCGACACCCCGGACGAGUCCAUCCGGAAUAAGCUCAUUUUAAUAGCCAGGAACAAAGGCGUGGUGUUGGGAGGCUGUGGCGACAAGUCCAUCCGCUUCCGGCCCACUCUGGUCUUCAGGGACCACCACGCACACCUGUUCCUCAACAUCUUCAACGACAUCCUCUCCGACUUCAAGUAAAGACGCCCCUCCCGCCGCCCGCCGGGGCCCGCCCCCUCGCCGUCAUCCAGUUGAUUCUUUUGCCUAAUUCAUGUUCUCACCUCACGUGUCAGCGGUGAACGUGUGCUCCGAAGGGUGGUUCUCGUGGGGAGGGCGUGCGGGGGGCGGCUGGGCCAGGGGCGCUGGGGUCUGCUGCCUCUCGGCGCCGCUCAGGGCGUCUCGAGGGGCCUGGCCGGAGUCCACCCGCGGGAGGAUGGUUGUCCCCCUCGCCCCUCACCAUCCGACCCGCCCUCCCAUCGCCAGUGGCUCGCUCAGCCCGCCAGGGUGGAGGUCAGACCCGAUGACAGUAAGGACGUCAGCACGGAGACCCUUGGGGUGAGGGCAGGGCUUGGCCCCUGAGGGGCCAGAAACUGAGUCUCGUCCUGGCGGUGGGUGUGCCCUGGAGAAUCUGAGGGAAGUCCUGACGACCUGGCACUCCUGUCUGGCCACCCUCCGUGUCCCAGACUGUCCUUUCCUCCUGUCCAGUGUCACCGAGACCUCGGCAUCACAGAGGGGGCCCACAGGCACCCACAGGACCAAAGGGUCAGAAGCACAAAGCAGUGGCCCCGGCGGGGGUGUGGGCUGCCUCCUGCCCUUGAGUCGGUCACACCGUCGGGGUCGGCCUCGGCUCCCUCCCCACCUCAACCCUGCCUUGCAGCUGGGUUGCUCCCCUCUCGGAUGUUGGCCCUGACCUCGCCCUCUGCCUGGGUGACAGGCCACAGGCAGGAGAGAGAAAAGCCGCCUCUGACAGCAGCUGGGCCUGGGAAGGGAAAGCCCUGCCACCCGCAUCUGGGGUUUCUGUAGCUGAACUGUGACUGGGGGGGUGUCGGGAAGCCUGUGGAGUCUGCUUGGUCUCCUCACCUGGCAGCAGCCACUUCUGUGGUUGCGAAGGCGGGAGGCGGCCGGUCCCACUGGGCUCUUGUUCCACUGAAUGGCCCAGAGACAAAGGGCAGAGUCCGGCUUGCUGGGCUUCAGAUGCCAGCCGAGGAGGCCACUUGCCCGGCCAGCUGAUGGCAGGUCCCUCCCCGUCUUUCGUCCAGGCUUCUCCCCUAGGGAUAUUCAUUCCUGCACAGCUGUUUCUUCACGAAACUUGCACUGACUCCCCGCCCUGGUCCCAGCCCCAGUGCCGAGCCCCAGGAAGACCAAGGAGAAAGAAGAAACAAAGAAAACGGUUCCCUGAGUCUCGGGGCUGCCUGACGUGACGCUUGGGAACUAGGGAGCCUGGAGAAAGGGACAUGUGAGUAGGGUUUUGCCGGCUGAGUAGAAGCUGGCUGAGCAGCUGGUGCCAGGAAGAGCACUGCAGAGAGAGAGCAGUAUGUGCUCAUGCAUCUGUUCAGGCCCCCCCCCCCCGCCCCCGGGGCCUUGGAGAAGCAGCAGAAGGCGAACGGAACCAGGAUCCCCUCCCAGGAGCUUAGAACAAAGUGGUGGGUGUGAGCUGGCCAGUGGUUGUGGGGUGGACCUCGACCCUCUGGGCUGCAGGGAGGGGGCGUGGACACUGUCCUCUCCCCUGCGAGAUGCGGACAGAGAAAUGAAUUUCUCCCGUCGGGAGACCCACCACAGAUUCCCCAUUCACCCCUCCCCAAGAGAAUUCAGUUCCCGAUUCAUUCAUUCAUUCAUUCAUUCAUCAUCCUGUUAUUCGUCGAUUGCCUCGAGCAGGCCCCAGUAACGUCUCCUUCAUCCUAGCCCUGAGAUUAUAUUCAAGGCUCUUUAGGAGAAUGAGACCCAUCAUUGUUACUGGUAUUUGGCAAAUUUGGUACGCCACGGGGAGUUUGCCAGACUCUGCCCUGUGGGCAGGCUACAUUCGAUAGCCUGCAAGUUUGUCCAAAGUAGGAAAGAGAUAAUAAGACGUCAUAAAAAGAUGCCCUGAUAAGAUGUCACGCGGCCGCAAAUGUGGCCGCGCGGUUCCAGGAGCUGGAUUUUAUAGUCUCUGAGUCUUGGCCGUUGAUGGGAUUACACAGCGCCAGGGGGCCAGGUGGUGGGUGUGACCCGAUUAAAAAGAGAAAAAAUGUCUUGAGCCAUUUACCAAGUUCCUGUGAACUCCAGGCAGUCCCCAAAACCCACUCUCUGGGGGGCCGGGCGGGGGGGCUGGAACAACGCUCGGCUGAGCUCAGGAUGGUCAAGACCAGCAGGGCAGACUCCCGGAGUCGGGGGUCAGGGGCCGGAAGUGACCCAUUUCCCAUGAGUGCCGUAAGUUCGUGUGUGUCUCGCUGGUCUCACUCUUACAGAAAACAGUCCAGUCACCGCGAGUCUUAGCAGAUCCUCACUUUGAUGAUAAAGCAGUGUUUGAAUUAUUUUUUUUUUUUAUAAUUCGUACUGACAAGCCACACCGCGCCCAGUCCCCUGGGCCUCUCUUCCCCGCCAGCCCCGGUCGGCCCCUAGCUAGGAGUGUUGUUGUCACCGCCCAUGAUCUUGUUUACAGUGUUCUGUCUACAGUGCCAACCAAGGUCAAGGAACCUAACCACGUCCCCACGCAACUGCUGACCACACGCACCAGUCCAUGAAUUAAAUGUUUCCUGUGUUAAUCUGUAUUCUUAAAUUAAAAGAGAGUAUUUAUAACGGCG